GAACUCCUAUUACCUUGUGCUGCUCCUCCCGCAACAGCGUCCUCCCCACAAACGCCGAUUCCUGCACCAAAACCAGUCAGCUUUGAAGAGUUUGAAGGAAAGGGCACCGUUUUUGACGAAGUUGAAUGGAGAAGUAUAGACGACAAAUUGGCGCUCAGUCAAAUUCUUGGGAAUGUAUCGUUGCAAGCGUCAAAGUCGGUUGAUAAUGCGGUCAUGUAUGCCGGGAAUGACCAGAAACCUCCUCGUUCAUUAACAAAUGGAAGCAAAUCAGUGGCCAUUCCAGCUAUCCCACCUUAUCCUGUGCUCGAAUUCGGGGUUAGUUAA